CAGACUUCUGACAGUUGGCCCUUCUUAGGUACUGGAUUUGGUAUCCAAAGGACUUCAGUCAUCCUGUUUAUGCCUCAGGAGUUGGCAGCAUCUCUUUCACAAGGGCCAGGUGUAACAAAGCCUGCAAUUUUCCAGUGUUGAAGGACACUGGGCAUUUGAGCCUUUGAACUCCAUGGAAGACUCAUCUUCCAGAAGCAACUGCCCUGACAUGGAGCACAGCAUUUCGAAAUCCAAAUCCAACCAGAGUGUCUCAGUGAGCUAUUUUCCCCAUGAGGACAGCAUUGAGUGUGAGGAUAUCAUACCCUGUGAAGAGCUGACUGCUGAGGGUUUUUCCUGCCACUUCCUCCCUCCUGUCCAAGAGGGAUGGGGAACCAAAAGUGUAAAGCGACCCAUGGGGAGGCGAAAUCAAAUUCAGCACAAUCCAGAGGAACUUGGCGAAGAAGCCAUCAUUGAGGUCUUGGAUGCUUAUCUGGGCUGCCACCAUGAAGACUCAGGAGCUAAUGCUCUGAGUGAAGACAAUCAGAGGAUGGACCAGUGCCCACAGAGGAGGACCAACCAGACCCUUUGGGACCUAGAUGAUCUAAUGAAAAAUCUUCAGGCCUUUCUAGACAAUGAGAAAGAUGACAAGGACGAUGACACUGUGGUCUCUGAUUCUCAGGAGGAAGAUCUCCAGCUGUCCAACAGGAUCUCUCCCCAUAUGGAUCAGGUCAGUAAUCAAGAACAUGAAGCUUGUCAGGACUUGCCCCCGUGUUGCCCACCAGAAGACAGAAACAUCCACCAGUUCCUAGAAAUGCCUCUUGGGCUUGAGGAUGAUGAAAUUGUUGAGGUGAGCACAGAGCUGCCUCACUGCAGAGCAAGGCAUGGGCCCAGUGGGGGGUGCCAGGUUGGACAGCAUGGAGUCCCCGCACCUGCUGUGAAGCAGAAGUGGACCCCAGUGUCUGCACAGAUUUGCAAUAGGAGAAGGAUGACAGUAAAGAAAGGAGCCAAGCCAGGGACGAGGUGUGGGGAAAAUGCCAAGGAGCAGUGACAGAGGCAAGAGAGGGGAGGAGCAGAGAAGGAGUAAUGAUUAUACAAACGUGUGUGUGUUUAAUGAUUAAUGAGUAAUGAAACUUUGCAUUUACAGUUGGCUAGUUUGGGUAAAAAAUUAAAUUAGAUAUCCACGAAUGACUAAGUAUUGACUCCAUUGCUGCUGACACCGUAUGUCUCUAACUCAUCCUCUUCGCCUUGACAUAUGCAAAGCCAGGAGACUAGCACUACAGUCUGAGCAGUCAAAGGAAGGGAACAAGGGGGACGUGCCCUCAGAUAAGGAAACCACGUUCUGUCGGAAUUUCCGGUUCACCUUCCAGUGGUUCAGAAAGCAACUGGGCUCCUCCCUGUCAGAGAGGAAGCACCCUGAGAGGGCCAACAAGGGGCUCAUUCUGCUGGCACUAAAGAGAAGACAUUUUGGGGGAGGCAACAGAAUCCUACCUCAAGAAUCCCCCUAGUUAGAAAACCCUAUAUAUCCAGAAUUUUCAUCGUUUUGAUAACCCCUAUUGUACA